CCAGGAUCCAUCGUCUGAAAACUCCUCACUUGUGACAUAUUUCUUGCAUCAAUCUUAAUCUCAAUCACAAUCCCAUCAUUAUUGUUUGCGAAAGGGGUAGAGCACCACCUUCGUCAUGCUCAUUUUCACGCCUUUCCUUAUAUCACUGGGCAUUGCCAGGGUACAUGCAGCCACAGCAACAACAUCAGCACAAACAUCAUCUGUAACUGGCUGUCAUACUCAUGGCUCAAGCAUCUACUGUAUUGAUGGAGAUGGCCACGAAGUUUUAGUUUCAGCCACAUCUACCCCUACAACCGGAGUACCAGCGCAAUACACUGGGUGUCACUCUCACGGAAGCGAGUCAUAUUGCAUGGAUGAAGAUGGAAACGAUGUCCUGAUUCAAGAAGAAGGAACGGAAGCCGAGAGCGGGUCCGAAGAGAGUCACAGUGAACAUGACCACGAGGAAUCCUCAAGCGAAGCCAAACAAAACUGCCACUUCCAUGCUGGCGUCGAACAUUGCGUGGGUGAAGGUGAAUCAGAGGAAAGCAGUGGUUCAUCGUGUGGUAUCCGAGCAAGAGACUAUGACAUCCCUCUGAGAAUUGGCACUUUGUUUGUUGUCCUUGUCACUAGUUCAAUUGGUGUCUUUGCCCCUAUUCUCCUGAUGAAACUUCCAUUUGCCUCUAUCAAUGGGGUGGUCUCGACCGUCAUCAAACAAUUCGGAACUGGCAUCAUCAUCGCCACGGGUUUCAUCCAUCUAUACACGCAUGCAAACCUCAUGUUUACCAACGAGUGCUUGGGGGAACUCGAGUACGAAGCGACUACCUCCGCGGUAGUCGUGGCGGGUAUAUUCAUUGCUUUCUUGCUGGAAUAUAUUGGCCACAGGAUUAUCGUUGCUCGCAACAGCAAGAAGAGCUCCGCCGAAAUUAUACCGUCCGAAUCCGAGUCUCAGCAAACACAGCAAAAGGGACAGCAUGACCACUCCCCGGAGCAACAGCAACAGCCCACGUUGGCUUGUCUUGGGCACAGUCACGGCUCAUUCGAUCUUACCGGACCCAACAGCAAAUUUUCGGUCAUGGUCAUGGAAGCGGGUAUACUUUUCCACAGUAUCUUGAUUGGCCUCACCCUUGUCGUUGCUGGGGACUCGUUUUACAAGACUCUUCUGGUGGUGAUUGUGUUUCAUCAAUUCUUUGAAGGGCUGGCACUCGGUGCUCGUAUUGCAACCCUACCGGGAGCUAUAUUCCCUUCCAAAGCGUCUAUGGCGGUGGCAUUUGCCUUGAUCACGCCUAUUGGUAUGGCUAUUGGGCUUGGUGUUCUUCACACCUUCAAUGGUAAUUCGAAGGGCACUUUGAUUGCACUAGGAACAUUGGACGCGCUGUCUGCUGGUAUUCUGGUGUGGGUUGGUGUCGUUGAUAUGUGGGCGCGUGACUGGGUCAUCGAGGGAGGUGAAAUGUUGGACGCGACGUUAGGAAGAGUUUUGACCGGUGGGAUCUCCUUGAUCAGUGGGCUGGUGUUGAUGGGACUGCUAGGAAAAUGGGCUUGAUCAGUUCCAUAUGUACAUGAUUAGGCUGAUCCCAAAGAGUGAGACAUAAAGCAUCAUAAGCGGCUCGCCUAGGCCGAAUUUCACCA